UCUGCCAGGAGGACACGGACUCUGGGCUCUCCUGGCACCUCCCUGGGCAUCGCUGCCAUCACAUGGGGCAUGGUGCUGUGGAUGCAGGUGGGUGCCUGGACCUACCACUACAGUGACCAAGGAGACUACACGUGGGAGCAGGCCAGGAAUUUCUGCCAGACCUUCUUUACCGACCUGGUGGCAAUCCAGAACCAGCAGGAGAUCGAGUACCUCAACAAGAGCCUGCCCUUCCACGGGCGCUACUACUGGAUCGGCAUACGCAAGCUGGGCGGCGUCUGGACCUGGGUGGGCACCGGGAAGGUGCUGUCCAAGGAGGCAGAGAACUGGGCACGGGGGGAGCCCAACAACCGCCGCUCCAACCAGGACUGCGUGGAGAUCUACAUCCAGCGGCCACAGCAGGCCGGCAAGUGGAACGACGAGCCCUGCAACCGGAAGAAGAAGGCGCUGUGCUACCGGGCCUCCUGCCAGCCCUUCCUGUGCAGCCAGCGUGGCGAGUGCGUGGAGACCAUUGGGAGCUACCGCUGUGAGUGCUACCCCGGCUUCCGCGGCCCUGAGUGCGCAGAUGCUGUGCAGUGUGCCAAGCUGGAGCCCAAGGGAGUGCCCAUGAACUGCAGCCAUCCCUACGGAGACUUCAGCUACAACUCCACCUGUGAGUUUGGGUGCCACGAGGGAUUUGAGCGGCGAGGGGCGGGCGUGCUGCGGUGCCUGCCUUCCCAGGAGUGGUCAGCAAACAUCCCCACCUGCACAGCCAUCACCUGUCCAGUGCUCAGAGCUCCAGACCAGGGAGAGCUGAAGUGCUCCCACAUCCAUGGGGACUUCACCUUUGGCUCCACGUGUGCCUUCUCCUGCCAGAAGGGGUUUGUGCUGAAGGGGCCGGAGAGCCGUGAGUGCACAGCCCUGGGGACCUGGACAGGGGAUGCAGCAAGAUGUGAAGCAAUUGCCUGCCCAGUGCUCAGUGCUCCAGACCAGGGGGAGAUGCACUGCUCCCACCUCCAUGGCAACUUCACCUAUGGAUCCGUGUGUGCCUUCUCCUGCCAGACAGGAUUUGCCUUGGUGGGGCAGCAGAGCCGUGAGUGCACAGCCUUGGGGACCUGGACUGGGAACACAUCACACUGUGAAGCUGUCACCUGUCCAGUGCUCAGAGCUCCAGAAAAGGGACAGCUGAACUGCUCCCACGUCCAUGGGGACUUCACCUUUGGCUCCACGUGUGCCUUCUCCUGCCAGAAGGGGUUUGUGCUGAAGGGGCCGGAGAGCCGUGAGUGCACAGCCCUGGGGACCUGGACAGGGGAUGCAGCAAGAUGUGAAGCAAUUGCCUGUCCACUGCUCAGUGCUCCAGAAAAAGGAGAGAUGCGCUGCUCCCACCUCCAUGGCAACUUCACCUUUGGCUCCACGUGUGCCUUCUCCUGCCAGAAGGGGUUUGUGCUGAAGGGGCCGGGGAGCCGUGAGUGCACAGCCACGGGGACCUGGACAGGGGGCACCCCACGCUGUGAAGCUGUCACCUGUCCAGUGCUCAGAGCUCCAGACCAGGGAGAGCUGAACUGCUCCCACCUCCAUGGGGACUUCACCUUUGGCUCCACGUGUGCCUUCUCCUGCCAGAAGGGGUUUGUGCUGAAGGGGCCGGAGAGCCGUGAGUGCACAGCCACGGGGACCUGGACAGGGGAUGCAGCAAGAUGUGAAGCUGUCACUUGCCCAGUGCUCAGAGCUCCAGACCAGGGAGAGCUGAACUGCUCCCACGUCCAUGGGGACUUCACCUUUGGCUCCAUGUGUGCCUUCUCCUGCCAGAAGGGGUUUGUGCUGAUGGGGUCAGACAGUCGCAAGUGCACAGCCACGGGGACCUGGACAGGGGAUGCCCCACGCUGUGAAGCCAUCAAAUGCUCAGCACUGACCAGCCCCAAGAUGGGCCAGGCUGCCUGCUCCCACCUCCAUGGGGACUUCACCUUUGGCUCCACGUGUGCCUUCUCCUGCCAGAAGGGGUUUGUGCUGAAGGGGCCGGAGAGCCGUGAGUGCACAGCCCUGGGGACCUGGACUGGGGACCCCACACAUUGCAAAGCCAUCAGCUGCCCAGUGCUGUCCCCCCCCAGCAGAGGCCAGCUGAGCUGCUCUCAUGUGCAUGGGAACUUCACCUACAACUCCACGUGCAUCUUUUCCUGUGAGGAGGGGUUUGUUCGGAUGGGAGCAGAGGUGCUCCAGUGUGAGGCCACAGGGAACUGGACCAGGGAUCCUCCUGUCUGUGCAGAGGACGGUGCCUUCCUAAAGCAAGUCCUGGCUUACAGCAGUGGCUCAGCCCUGGCAGUAGCUGGUCUUGUGCUCUCUGGGGGACUCAUUGCCCUCCUUGCCAAGAGGCUCAGUGACAGAGAGGAGAAGAGGAAGCUCCUGAAACCCACCAGUGACCUGGGAGCGCCGGGCACCUUCACCAACUCAGCAUAUGAUGCCAAUCUGUGAGCCUGCCUGAGACUGAAACCUACUGUGUCCCCCAGAGCUGCAGGCCCAGCAGGAGCUGCUGUGGGAGCACAGAGGGACUCCAUGCCUGUGGCUGUAUGUGGUUGGAGCCUGGACCAGAGCUGCCCCUGGACAUUGCCACCAUGCUGCGUGUGCAGCAUUCCCCUGGCAAGGGGAGCUGCCUCCAGUGCAGGCUGCUGGAGACCCACCAGGGGCCAAGAGCCAUGUGCUGAGGGCAGCCUGCCACCCAGCCCUUGGACAUUCUCCCACCAGGAAUUUGGACAUUCCCCAAU